CUAUUUUUUUUUUUUAUUCUUAUUUUUUUUAAUGAUUCAUCAUCCCUUUCCAUUCCUUUUCAAAUGAAUUAUACAUGUUCAUCUUUUUUAAUCAUUUUAUACUUAAUUUCAUUAACAUGUGCACAAAAUUGUAAGCCCUUGAACUGUUCAGCUAGUUGUACACCUGGUUGCUCCAGUAAUGAAGUGUGUACGUUGGGUACGAUGGUUGUUUGUGGGGUAUGUCCUGAUUCAAAAUGUAUAUCUAGAACAGUAUUGGGGCUCCCACCUAUCAAUAGUGAUACAACAACAACAACAGAUUCAUCUUCACCGUCUAGUAACAAUAAGAAGAAUGGCUUAAUUGGGGGACUUGUAGGUGGAUUGCUAGGUGGUGGAUUCAUAUUAGGUACGAUGGGGUACUUUUUAAUCUAUCGUCGUCAAAAAAAGAAUAGACUGCCACUUGCACUGGGUCAUGUUAAAAACGAGGAACGAAAUAUCUCUGGUGUGAUACCGGUGACAUUUAUACCGCCUACUAGAAACAUUGAAGAACAUUCAGCAGAGAAUGAUGAUAAUGUCAUUAAUCCUUUUAGUGAUCGACACAUCUCAAUACUAACUACGACAACAACAACAAGCUAUCAAAGACGAGAUUCAGUAGAAUCAUGUCAUCAUGUAGCAACUCAAAUCACAAGAGCAAAACCUCAAAUUAUGCGUGUAAAUACAAUAAAAGAUGGGUUGGGUCGUCAGGGCUCAGUUAAGAAGACAAUCCAACCCACUUUAUUAACUGUGAAUGAUGAAGACAAUCCCUUUGAUGAUAGAAAUAAAACAAGAAAUAGUGUCUUAUCUGCACCUGGAGAUGGAGAAAUUACUAUAUUCUGGAAUGGGAGCUAAAAGAAAAAUAUACAUAUAUAUAUCUUGAUUUUAUUUUAGUUUAUUUUUUAUUCAUCUUUAACAGUUUUUCCUGUCUUUUUAAUGGCAGCAAGAACGGUUUCACGGGGAAGACUGGUAUCGACAACCACUUGUUGUUUCUCUAAACUAAUUUCAACUUUAUCCACACCUAUUGUUUUUUUUUUAAUUUAAUAAAGUAUGUUCUUAUUUUAUAUAGUCAUAAAAAUUUACCUUCGAGUCUAGAUAACGCCUUGUUUACUGCAUUUGAACAGCCAGUGCAAGCCAUUUCAACGGUGAAGGUAUAUUGCUUAAAAAUGAUAUCAGUUUACAAAAGUAUAAAUAUACAAGUCCUUCCAUAUACUUACAGCCAUAUUUAUAUGUGUAUAUAUAUAUAUAUAUAUAUAUUUUAAAAAAAAAGGAAUAAAU